CGGACCGCUCCCCCUAAUCCGACUAAGUCAACCGGAAACCGCACCUACACGCGUACACACAUGCUCCUCCACCACCCCACCCGCCGGCCCGUCCUCGCCUCCCUCCUCGCCGCCGCCGCCACUGGGCCAUUCUCGCUGCCGGCUCCGCCCGCUUCCGCCGCCGCGUCCGAGCUCUCUAUCAAAGAGGUCAACAAGCGGCUCGGCGCCAUCCCGGUGGUUGCCGUCGUCAACGAGCAGGACUCGCCGUACUUCACCUCGUCCGAGGGCGCCACCCAGGUCGGUUACUUUUUCCUCGACCCCACCGACGCGCUGCGCGAGCUGCGUGCUGUGCAGGGCGAUAACCCGUCGGCGAGGCUCAAGCUGACGACGCUCUCCGAGGUGUACUUCCCGCUCGUGCAGGGCGACGCCACGGCGCUGGGCGGCGUGCUGCGGCUGCGUCCCUCGCGGCGGCAGAUAGUCGAGGCCAACCGCGCACUCCAGUUCAACUCGCCCGAGGGCACCCUCCUCCCCGUCUCGCUCUCGGAGGCCAAGGGGCAGGUGCCUCUCUUCUACUCUGAGCGUGUGGCGCUCUCGACGGCGGACGGCGCCGCCACGCGCUACCCCUUCUAUCUCCGAAAGGAGGACCUCGACCGCGACUUUUCCCGCCUCGCGGCGGAGGGGGCGCUGCAGGGCGGCGCCGUCGUGGCGGGCGACGCGGCGCUCCGCUCCAACUCGGCACGGCGCGCGGCCAGGCGAGCUGAGCGCGAGGGCGGCGGCGGCGCGGCGGCGGUGAGCGGCAUCCCGGCGGGGCUGACGCGGGUGGCGACGCUCGACGGGAUCGUGGCGCAGAUGCGCUCCGGCGAGGUCGACCUCAAGGACGCCCUCCUCGUGCCGAGCCCCGACGCGCUGCGAGCGGCGCAGCAGCUCGUGGCCGAGGGCGGCGGCGCGGCGGCGGCGGCGGCGCCGCGGUAGGGUUGAAAGGUUCGAUAGAGAGAGCGGGCUGCGGGGGAGCCGAGGGGCGACAUCCACCCCCCCUCGGAGAGAGAGCAGGCGGCGUAUUUUCAAAGUCUCAACAUGGCACAUGGACUCA